AUGCGUGAUGAAGCCAAGGAAGACCAGCCCCGGCAACGAGACAUGCCUUUCAUCAGCCCACCGUCCGAGACGGCCCACUCGCAUCGUCGUGUGGGCAUCGCCAGGCAGAUUGAUAUAACGUCGGCCGCGCCAGCGCCGAGCGCGACAGACUUCGUCAUGGGAGUCGACACUUGCGGUUACACGUCCAUGAGCACGAUUACCUGUGAUUUCGGAUACCAGUGCACCAACGUCGGCGUCUAUCGCGGCUGCUGCGUGGCCGGAGGCGCAGACUGCGUCUCGACGAUCUACACCACCUGCGUCGACUACGGCGUCGUCCCCGACGCAGCCCUAUGCGGGCCACACACCCUAUGUUGCCCAGCUACGGCAUUACGCUGCUUCUCGUACGCCUUCACGACAAGCACAGAGCCCGGCGCGACGUUCACGCACGUGCAAUGCCAGGAGACCCACGGGUUCGGGGAGAUGUACCCGCUACCCCCCGAGCUGAUCCCGACCACAACGGCCGACGACGCCGCGGCAUCCAACGCGUCCAGCACGGACGCCGUCGAGCCCGCGCCCACCAAUGCGCCGAAGGUGAGCUCGGUCGGCGCGAUCGCCGGCGCCGUAUGCGGCGUCAUCGCACUCAUUAUCCUCGCCGCCGUCGCCGCGUUCCUCGUCAUCCGCCGCCGACGACAGCGCACGGCUGCCGCGGCAGACGCAGCGGCGAAUGGCGGACAGAUGGAAGAGACACAGCUGGGUGACACGUCCUCUGGCCCAGGAACGAUGGCACCGGCGGCAGCAGUAACAGCCGCCGGGGCGGGACGUCUGCGUCCGCUGUCCACGAUCCAUGAGCAGAGCAGCCCCGUGUCGCCGGCGCGCGAGAAACACCUGUCCGCGUCGGCGCGCCAGAGCUACGGUCCCAACUGGCCGCUGAGCCGCAAGGGUAAACCGCCCGCCGCGAACCCGGUCGAUCUUGAGAAGCGGCUUAGUCUGAGCGGUCAAGGAGGUAGCAGUGAACAACUACCACAGCAACAGCCGCCCCAACCCCUCCCGAAAUCCCCGCGCGCCUCGGCUUCUGGUGGCGGCAGCCCCAAGAGCGCCGCCGGUGCCGGUGCCGGGCUGCGGAGCCCGCGCCUGAGUACCUACGUGCCCGUCUCGCCCAUCGACGCCAGCUUCACCGAGAACAUCGCCGGGCCGUCAUCAUCAUCGCGCGCAAACCGGCUCUCGAUCAACCCGAACCACCCGGGCAUCACGGGCGGUUUGAACAGCAUCAUCACCAACAACAUCGCCAGCAGCAGUAGUGCAGACCGCGCAGCGCCGCAGACGCACGCAGCGUCGCUAGAGACACUGACCAGCGUGGGCGCGGACCGCAACGCGUCGACGCACGUGCUGUCGGAGCGGGAUUCGGAGCCCGUGAUUCCCGUUUCGCCGAUCAGCGAUGAGGAUGGCGACGACGACGAUGAUGUGGAUCACCGGAUGAGCUUCGUCUCGGCGGCCAGCGUGGCGCCGCCGGGUGAUCAUCACAAAGAGGGGCGCGCCAGCGAUCUGGUGUCGCCGCUGACGCCGGAUGAUCCAUCCAACCCCGGCCGGCGGGCGAGCCCGCACACGGUGAGUCCGCUUGAGACCCGGCGGAGCAGUCUUGCGUAG